AUGUCCGAAAUCUCUGGAGUAGAUAUUACCUGGCAAGACUUUUCUGUGAAAGGUCCUCUCUCUAAGACAGAAAAAAAACGCCGUCUUAAAGAAAAUCUUCCUAUUGACGAUAAGGUCAUCAUCAACAAUGUCAGUGGAACUAUGAGAGCAGGGUCCUUCACAGCCAUCAUGGGACCAUCAGGCUGUGGAAAAACAACCAUGCUUAACUUUCUUUCAAACCGUCGUUAUUAUCUCAAAGGUCUAAAGGUAACUGGUGACGUUUUGGUCAAUGGAAACUCGCGAAAAUCCAUUGAUUUUAAUUCUAUCACUGGUUACGUCAUGCAGGACGACGUCAUCAUGGAAUCGAUGACUGUUGAAGAAGUCUUGACCUUUACAGCCAAGCUUAGGCUUCCUGCUGAAAUUUGGAAAGACCGUAUUGAGCAGGUUAUCAAAGAUUUAGAGCUUCACAAUUGUCGCAAAUCAGAAGUAGGAGGAGUUCUGAAAAAAGGUAUUUCUGGAGGAGAAAAGAAAAGAGUUUCGAUAGGCAUUGAAAUGCUUACUGAUCCAGCUAUUCUGUUCCUUGAUGAGCCCAACACAAAUGGCAUUCAGUUCGAGAGAUUAUAGCUGCUAAUUUUCUCUUCCUCGUAGAAUUUAUUUAUGGGUUCGCUUUUUUCUAGAAAAUUUCUACUCGUAAUAGCAGUUUAACUUUGGUCAACAGGGCUAGAAGAACUGCUCAAAGAGCAAGAAGAAGUUUUAAAGGGUUUUCACAUAGCACUAACAAGCUAGUCUUGGGCAGAAGGUUCAGCUGGUGAUGGCAUUUGUUCAGGCAUGAACUAUUUGCGCAUAGGCCAUUAGUAUCAGAUCCCGGUGGCGUCACUAGUUUAAGCUUAAACGGCAUUUUAGCUUUAAGGCAGUAGGAAACUUUAAAUAUUAAAUUAAUCAAAAUCGUUCCUUGAUGAGCCUACAACUGGUCUGGACUCUUACAACUCAGAAAACUUAGUCGACAAAUUAAAUGACUUAGCUAAAAAAGGAAUCACAGUGGUCUGCACAAUCCAUCAGCCAAAUUCUUUUAUUUAUGCAAGCUUUGACCAGGUCUUGCUUUUGGCCGGAGGGUACAUGAUGUUCCAUGGAGAUGCAAAAGAUGCAAUAAAACAUUUCGGCGACUUAGGUUUUCCAUGCCCAAAAUUCAGCAACCCAGCUGAACAUCUUCUAGGACUACUUAGUCCGAUUGAUGAUUCUUACUCUCCUUUCCAGCAAAGCCUCUAGAAAAAUCCCUAUUUCUGAAAAAGGUAAACAUUCAUGUGCAAGAAUAAAAUGCUUCAAUAUAAACUUUUUAAAGAAAUAAUAAUUAUACAUAUAAUCAAUUGCAAUUAUAAUGAAACUCCAGCUAAUUCUAUUACUGUUAAGAAGCUUAUAUUUUAAGCAAAAAUUUUUUAUAAAUUAAAUUAACUUCCUUGGUUGUGAAAAAGAUUUUUGCUUUCUAGUCAAGGGAGGGUUAUGAAUCAAGAAUGGAGAUUUUCAGCAAUGCGAUUGUUCCUGAUAACGAAGUCGUCGAGCAACGUGAAGUGCGGCAUGCACUACAAACAAAAGAGUCUACCUUUUGGGAAGAACUAAUGGCUUUAGGUGGACGCAUUCUUAAAAAUCUCACCAGAAACAAACUCAUUUUUGUAUUUAAAGUCGUUGCAAACGUGAUUUUUAUUCUCCUGACCCUGAUGGCUUUCUAUCAGAUCUGUGAUGGGCACAGCUCAACGAGUGUAUCUGAUAGAGCUGGUGUGAUUUUCUUUAUCCUUGUGUACAUUGCUUUUAUGGCUGUCAACUCUUCAGGAGCCUAUGCAGACGAAAAAGCAAUGUUUAUAAGAGAGCAAGCAAGUAAGACCUAUAGACCUCAUGCGUAUUAUUUAAGCAAACUCCUUUUUGAAGCACCAGUAGAUAUUAUCGUCAGGGUUUUGGUCAUCUUUUUGGUCUAUCUAGGUGUUGGUCUGAGCUUGGAUAAGGCUGAACAGAUUUUUAUUUUUGUGGCAAUUGCGGUGCUUGUAGAGCUCGAUGCAAGAGGCUGGGGUAAUUUCUUAGUCAUUUCAAUUCCUAAUAUUCAAGCAGCUUCUGCAGCGGCGCCGUUCUUAUUGAUUGUGCAACUUCUUUUUGCAGGAUUUUUCAUCAACUAUAACAAUAUUCCAGAUUACUUAAUCUGGCUUGAAUAUAUGUCGAUGUUUAAAUACUCAUGGGGAGGAGCUAUGAUUAAUGAAUUUAACACUUGGGACCAAGCAAAAUGUGGCAGCAAUCCGAUGUGUGACCCUAACGACUUUUAUGACCUUAAAAUUUCGUUAGGGAUGAAUAUUUUAGCAUUGGCAAUUUUGGCUAUUGGAACUCAUGGAUUUGCAUAUUUAUGUUUGGUCAAGUUGGCAAGAAAGUUCAGACUUUAG